AUGCUGGGAUUACUUCCAUCCCCAGGAACUGCCCUUUGCACGCAGCGUCCACGGACGGGGGUGCACUUGGACAAAGCCGCAGUCUUGAACUACUGCUCUAUUCGUCACCAAAAUGGAUCGUGGGUUGGGUGCGAAUGUGUCUUUACCGUCGUAUACGAUGUGAUGAUUGCGAGCACCACCGUCUACAGCCGGGGCAAAGGCAGCCAGAAACGUGCGGUCGAUGCUCCUGUGGUCCGCAAACUCUUCGACUCUUCUCCUAAUGAUCCGAGAUACCACAUGCUCACCUUCAUUUCGAAGAAGUUUUCUCAACGCUUAGUCGAGCCUCUUCACGAGCCCCGAGCAGCGCUCUUCGUCAACCGAUUCACACGGACGGCAACCAUCAUGUAUGCCACCAGCGGCGUGAGCGAGAUUCUGGGUCUCAGCCCAAACCAAUUGGUUGCAAAGAGCUUCUUUUACUGUAUUCAAGAGAAGUGUCUGCGGGACGCAGUGCGCUGCCUGGAAAGCGCAAAGAGUAACGACUCCAUCGCGUAUCUCCGAUUCUGGUUUCGAAACCCUCUGCAGGAUGACAAUCCGAAUAUCUCGCCAUACACUGCAAGCAUGGUCUCAAAUCCAAUUCCGCCGCUCGAGCUGGAAGCUGUCGUCUCAUGUACAUCAGAUGGACUCGUGGUUAUUCUGCGCCGUGCCCGUGCCCCAAUUCCUACAACCUCUCUCCCACCCCAACCGGUCCCGGUCUACUCGAAUGGUCUCUUCGCGGCACCUUGGGCACUGGAGCCAGUGUUCUCAUACGGAGCGUCUUCGCAUACACAAGAAACCGCUCUGUCAGGCUCGGCAUACCCUGAAAACAAAGACUUUCCCCAAAAAAAGCCUCCUUCUGGGGUGGAAGAUACUCCAUCUACGAGUACUGGAUUCCCGCCUUCGGUUCGGUCCCCACCAGAGGCGAAUCAGCGCGGCUCUGGCGGCCCGGACGCAGAUCAGCUUAUGCAGUCUAUUCGGGAUGUGGCUGUAUUUGCAUGGGGUAUUGUCGGGAUCAAUCGAUCUUUAGAACAAUUCAAACGUGGGACUCCGUCGGGCGCUGCUCAACCGGAAGCCCUGGAGACGAUGGUGGAUGACAAUUAG